AUGUCUCUCUUUUUCAGUCGGCUCUGCGUUGGGGUGAGAAGCUCCUCCUCUGUUUCUUUUCUUCUUCUCUCUAACGGCUUCUCAACUUCCUUGCGUCAAACCUCUCCUUGUCACGUCCUCGGCGCCAGACCUUGCCUCGAGUUUUCCGAACAUAAUCGCCUUGGAACACUCAGCAUUGGCGAUGUCAAUCCAGAAAAACAUUGCGUCACUCGUUUGGAAAAGAAGGUGUGUGUGGAUUUGGUGCACAAUGAUCUUAGUGAUAGUAGUGUGGUAACGAUCGGGGCAUCUCAUGGGUGGGUAGCUAGUCUGAAUAAGGACGAUGGAAUCCUGCGCCUCCAUGACGAUCUAAACCCGUAUGCAUUGUAUAAAGAUCCCAUUUGCAUCCCACUGCCUCCUCUUGUGACUCUUCCACAUUGUCAAACCAAAAUAAUCACCAACGUGUCCAUGUCAUCACCUUCUCCGGAGGAUGAUGAGGACUGUGUGGUGGCUGUCAAGUUCUUGGGUCCUCAGCUCAGCUUCUGCAAACCAGCUGGUAAGAAGAGUAGUAAACCAGAGUGGACCAACGUCAAAAUAGAAUACCCCUGCUUCUACUCCUCCCGUGUCAUGUUUUCCAAGUAUUACAACAUGUUUCUUAUUUUUGGAUCCGGAGGCCAUCUCAUCUGUGCAUUUGAUCCCACCAGCGAUGACCUUGUGUAUAAGAGCCUGCGAUUUGAAAACCCUCCCAAGCUGCCCACUCACAUCCGCGAGCUUAUGAAUUCGUGCUGCAUGAGCCAACACUUGGUGGAGUCGUCAACAUCCACCAACGGUGAGCUUUUCUUGGUUAAGCAGUACAGGAAGACAGCCGAUAUCGUGGAAGGUGUUGCGAAAAUGAAGACAGAAUAUGUAAUGGUGUACAAGAUAGACGAACAAGGAAACGGGGUCUACACUCAAGACAUGGGAGAUCUGACCAUGUUCCUCUCAAACUCUGAACCUUUCUGUAUCCCUUCUACUUCCUUUCCUGGUUUUCGGCCUAACUGGGUUUACAUCAAGGAUUUCGACGAAACCACAUUUGUCGAUGUGGAGCUGGAUGGUUGCCCCUUCUUUGGUUUGGUUAAAAAAAACCCCGCUCCUUACUAUAUUCCACCUCAAAAUAUAGUAGACGACUAGUCUGAAUUCAAGUCACGGAAAUUAUCAUCCUCCACGGUUUAAAAGCAGAUCGAUCGAUUGCACUGGUGUAAAAGAUUAUUGUUGUUUUAAGUUUUGGAAGUCAAGAGA